UCCUAUAAAUAUCCAACCUACUAGUUGUAUUUUCAACAGACAACAUGCACACCUUUACUCUUCUCGUUUUGGUUACCCUUCAGAUUGGAGCUUAUGCUCAAUUCAGAGAAAGCACUCAACAAUUCAUUGUGGACCUUCAUAAUAAGCUUCGUACUUCAAUUGCCAAGGGAACAUAUGUGGCUAAAGGGACAACAAAAGCAGCUGGUAGUAAUCUUUUGAAAAUGAAGUGGGACACCACAUUGGCCACCGCUGCUCAAACUUUUGCUAACACUUGCCCGAGAGGUCACUCCAAUGCAGCUGGAGUUGGAGAGAACUUGUACUGGAGAUGGUCCAGCCUCCCAUUCUCCGGAAUGGAUAUCUAUGGAGGAGCUGCAUCUGUUGCCUGGGAACAAGAAUUCCAGCAGUACGGAUGGACAACCAACACUUUCACUCAAGCCCUUGCUAACACUGGAAUUGGACAUGCUACCCAAAUGGCUUGGGCUAAUACUGGUCUGAUUGGAUGUGGAGUGAAGAACUGCGGACCUGAUCCAGAACUAAAUAACUAUAACAGAGCUGUUGUGGUUUGCCAAUACAAGGCUCAAGGAAACUAUUUGGGUCAAGACAUCUACAAGUCAGGAACCACUUGCUCAGCGUGCCCAACUGGAACCACUUGUGAAGCUGCCACUGGACUUUGUGUAUAAACUUGUGGAAAAUGAUUGAAACGUAGAUAAUAUUUCAACACUGCCCAUUGCAUUCCAAUAUUCUUUCCAUUGUGUAAUAAAUUUUCUUAUAUU